CCACAAAGCGCAAGGCAGCUUGUCCCGGGGGUCUAGGAGAGCAAGAAGAGAGCGCAGCCACCCGCCUCGGCAGCCCGGGACUCGACUCGAUUCGCCGGAGAAUGCGCCCGAGGACGACGGGGCGCCGGAGCCUCGGUGUUUUCAACUGGCGAGCGUGAAUGGGGGUGCGCUGGAGUAAGGCAGAGUGAUGCGGGGGGGCAACUCGCCAGGCACCGAGAUCGCUGCUGCCGCUGCGCCCCUCCCCGGACCCGGCGUCGACCAGGAUGGCUGCCCCGAGCCAUGGGCCGCGGCGGAGCUAGCGCGGAGCGCCCGACUCUCCUCCCUCGCGUCCCGGAGUCGGCGCCGCGCGGGGUCACGCGUCCUACGGGCGCUGGUUCCUGAGGACGACGACAGCACCAGCUUUUCAUUUUUCCUUUCCCUUCCUUGCCCCGCACUCCUCCCCCUGCUCGCUGUUGUUGUGUGUCAGCACUUGGCUGGAGACUUCUUGAACUUGCAGGCAGAAUAAUUUGCGUUCCCCACUUCGCCGGUGCCUCUCCCCCAGCGGGGACAGCCUAGUCGUCCCCGAGCCCCGCCGCCGCUUCACUCUUCUGCGGGGCCCGACCCCUAGACGCCGUUCCCAGCGCGGAGAGGGAGACUGACCGGCCGGCGCCCGGCAGGAGGCAAAGGAAGGGAGCGGACACCCGACCCCCGCACCAGGUCCUUUGGCCAGAGUUUUUCCAUGUGGAGGCUCUUUCAAUGGACGUGUCUCCGCGUGCUUCUUAGACGGUCUGCGGUCUCCUAAAGGUCGACCAUGGUGGCCGGGACCCGCUGUCUUCUAGCGUUGCUGCUUCCCCAGGUCCUCCUGGGCGGCGCGGCCGGCCUCAUUCCUGAGCUGGCCCGCAGGAAGUUCGCGGCGGCGUGGGGCCGUUCCUCAUCCCAGCCCUCGGACGAAGUCCUCAGCGAGUUUGAGUUGCGGCUGCUCAGCAUGUUCGGCCUGAAGCAGAGACCCACCCCCAGCAGGGACGCCGUGGUGCCCCCCUACAUGCUGGAUUUGUACCGCCGGCACUCGGGCCAGCCAGGCGCGCGCGCCCGGGACCACCGCCUGGAAAAGGCAGCCAGCCGCGCCAACACGGUGCGCAGCUUCCACCACGAAGAAUCCUUGGAAGAACUUCCGGAAGCAAGUGGGAAGACAGCCCGGCGAUUCUUUUUUAAUUUAACAUCUAUCCCCAGCGAGGAGUUUAUCACCUCAGCAGAACUUCAGGUGUUUCGGGAACAGAUGCAGGAAGCUUUGGAAGACAGCAGCAGUUUCCAUCACCGAAUUAAUAUUUAUGAAAUUAUAAAACCUGCACCAAGCAACUCGAAAUUCCCUGUGAUCAGACUUUUGGACACCAGGCUGGUGAAUCAGAAUGCAAGCAGGUGGGAAAGCUUUGAUGUCACGCCCGCUGUGAUGCGGUGGACCGCACAGGGGCACAUCAAUCAUGGCUUUGUGGUGGAAGUGACCCACUUAGAGGAGAAUCAGGGUGUCUCCAAGAGGCACGUUAGGAUUAGCAGGUCUUUGCACCAAGAUGAACACAGCUGGUCACAAAUCAGGCCGUUGCUAGUAACUUUUGGCCAUGAUGGGAAAGGACAUCCUCUCCACAAAAGAGAAAAGCGUCAAGCGAAACACAAACAGCGGAAACGCCUUAAAUCCAGCUGUAAGAGACACCCUUUGUAUGUGGACUUCAGUGACGUGGGGUGGAAUGACUGGAUCGUGGCACCGCCGGGGUAUCACGCCUUUUACUGCCAUGGGGAAUGCCCUUUCCCCCUGGCCGAUCACCUGAACUCCACUAAUCACGCCAUUGUUCAGACGUUGGUCAAUUCAGUUAACUCUAAGAUUCCUAAGGCGUGCUGUGUCCCAACAGAACUCAGUGCUAUCUCCAUGCUGUACCUUGAUGAAAAUGAAAAGGUUGUAUUAAAGAACUAUCAGGACAUGGUUGUGGAGGGUUGUGGGUGUCGUUAGCACAGCAAAAUCAUAUAUAUAUAUAUAUAUAU